GCAUCGCCGCCAUUUCAGCAGGCGAAGGACAAGAGUUGCGACUGAUAUUUUUGUGCGGAUUUAGCGAUACCUCACGGGACGGAAAAGCAACUGAACACCUACCUUUGUUGUUUUUAACUAUAAACACAUUUAUAAACCGCGUCUGAGGAUCCACGAGCAGUUUAAUCUGGAAGAAGGAGUAAAACGCGAACAUCUGAAAGCAAAAUGUCGACUGAGGCUUCGCCAGAGAAAACAGGCCAAGGAAAUGCAGUGAACGGCAAGUCCAACCAUGAAUCGAGAAAGGAGAGGCCCCCAAAGCGUGGUGGUGGUGGGGGACGGUUCGAACCCUAUUCGAACCCCAACAAGAGAUACAGCGUGUUUGUCAGCAACAUUCCCUAUGAUGUUAAAUGGCAAACGCUGAAAGAUCUCAUGAAGGAAAAAGUGGGUGAGGUAACGUACGUGGAACACUUAAUGGACGGAGAAGGCAAAUCAAGGGGUUGUGCGGUGGUUGAGUUCAGAACUGAAGAGCUCAUGAAAAAAGCUGUUGAAAAGGUCAACAAACAUGUCAUGAAUGGCCGUCCUCUCAAGGUUAAGGAGGAUCCAGAUGGAGUAAUUGCUCAGCGUGAAGCUAAUCGGGGUCAUGGUGGUGGUGGAGGCGGCGGUGGACCCCCAGGCAUGGGUGGUGGCAUGGGAGGAGGCAUGGGCGGUGGCAUGGGAGGAGGCAUGGGCGGUGGCAUGGGAGGAGGAAUGGGCGGAGGCAUGGGUGGAGGAAUGGGCGGAGGAAUGGGGAUGGGCCCAGGACCUGGUUCUUCUUCAAUGGUCAACAUCCCUCCCAGUCUCCUGAACAACCCUAACAUUCCCAAUGAGGUCAUCCAUGGCCUUCAAGCUGGAAAAAUUGGAAGCACCAUUUUUGUGGCUAAUUUGGACUACAAAGUGGGAUGGAAGAAGCUGAAAGAGGUGUUCGGGAUGGCCGGAGUGGUCGUGCGUGCUGAUAUCCUGGAGGAUAAAGAUGGCAAAAGCAGAGGCAUGGGAACGGUCACAUUUGACAUGCCUAUUGAGGCUGUUCAGGCAGUCUCCAUGUUUAAUGGUCAGCUCCUCUUCAACCGGGUCAUGCAUGUCAAACUGGAUGAGAAAUCCCUUCCAAAAGGAGACUUUGCACCCCCAGAGCGUGCUCCAGCACUUCCUCGUGGUUUGAGCGGUGUUGGUCUUGGUCUGGGACCCGGCGGUCAACCAAUUGAUGCUACGCAGCUCAAUCGUGGUGGGAUGGGCAAUAUGGGGCCAGGAGGCAUGGAUGGAAUGGGCUAUGGUGGCAUGGGUAGAAUGGGAGGCAUGGACAAUUUUGGAGGCGGUGGUGGUGGUGGCGGCGGCAUGAACAACAUGGAUCGUUUCGGACCAUCUGGAAUGGGGCGAAUGAAUGAUAUGGAUCGCGGAAUGGGUGGUGGCUUUGAUCGAGAUUUCAGUGGUCGUAAUGACAUGGGAAUGUCCCGCAGCAACUUUGGAGACUCCUUUGAUCGAGGAAUGGGAAACUCCAUGGGUAUGGAUCGCAUGAAUUCUGGCAUGGAUCGGCUUAGUGGUGGAAUGGACCGUAUGGGGGGAGGAGGAGGAGGAGGAAUGGACCGAAUGGAGGGGGGAGGAGGAGGAGGUGGAGGAAUGGAUCGCAUGGACCGCAUGUCUGAUCUGGACCGCAUGGGUUCUGGCUUUGAUAGAAUGGGUUCAGGGCUUGACCGACUCGGCCCCAGCAUGGAUCGUAUGGGAUCAGGCCUGGACCGCAUGAGCUCCAGCGUGGACCGUAUGGGUCCUGGUGGCUUUGACCGCUUGGGCUCGUCCAGCAUGGAUCGUAUGAGUGGUGGAAUGGACUUUGGUUCUCCCAUGGGCAUGGACCGGAUGAACACAGGCCUCGACCGAAUGGGCUCAAACUUUGAUCGCAUGGGCUCUGGUGGCAUGGACCGCUUCUCAUCCAGUCUGGACCGCAUGGGCUCCAGCAUGGAUCGAAUGGGCUCCGGUGGCAUCGGUGGUCAGUUUGACAGGCCUGGAGACAUGGACCGUGGUAACUUCGGUUCUCCAUUCGGCGGGUCUGGGCAAGGAGGAGGACCAGGGUCUGGUGGAGCCAAUGCCAGGAAGGGCUGCCAGAUUUUUGUCAGAAAUCUUCCCUUUGACUUCACCUGGAAGAUGUUGAAGGACACUUUUAAUUCCUGUGGCAUGGUUCAGUAUGCAGAUAUAAAGAUGGAGAACGGGAAGUCUAAGGGCUGUGGUGUGGUGCGCUUUGACAAUCCUGAGACCGCUGAGCGAGCCUGUCGCACCAUGAACGGCUACCGGCUCAACGGCAGAGAGAUUGACGUCAGGAUUGACAGAAAUGCGUAAUCCUCCCUUCUUUGCCUUCCAUAUUCGAUUCCCUCCACCCACAUACACUAUGCUUUCCAGGUUAUUUGUCAGUUACAUAUUUGUAUUUGUGCCAAAUGGUACACUUUUAGGUUUAUGACUUUUUAGAGACCAAAUUUAGUUUUUCUCCCCACUUUUUAUUGUGAUGCUUUCUAACAAAUUGCCUUUGUUAAAGGUUUGCUAAUAAAUCUGUGUUGAGAACAGAA